AUGUCAAAUUGGAAUCUCCAUCCUUCUACCCGUUCUGUCAAUUCUAAAAAUCCGAUUAAGGAAGCAAUUGCAGAUGUUCCUCUCCCAGAGAAUUUCCAUCUUCCAACUUACUCUUUAGCUCUCGGAGACCCUACAGCAUUUCCAGAGUUUUCUGUACAUCCAUUAGUAAUCAAGCUGGUAGAAGAAAAUCUUCUCUCUGGAUCUGGCAAUGGAUAUACCCAUGCUUUGGGGCCAAAGGAAGCCAGAGAAGCCUUAGCUGCAAAAUACUCCUAUGAAAAUAUCCAGCUAACCUGAGAAGAUGUUUUCUUAGAUGUCGGAGGAUGUGGGGCCAUUCAUACAGCUAUGAGUGUAUUCUUGAACCCUGGGGAUAAUAUAUUAAUCCCAGCUCCUGGGUUUCCUUUAUAUAUGACUGUCGCUUGGAAUUUAAACGCAGAAGCAAGAUGCUACAGAUUGAAGCCUGACCAAGGCUGAGAAGUUGAUUUUGAAAGUUUAGAAAGGAUUGUUGACGAGAGAACCAAACUGCUGGUCAUUGUGAAUCCAUCAAAUCCUUGUGGAAGUGUUUGAACUCGUGAACACCUUCUAGAAAUUCUUGAAUGGUGUAGAGCUCACAAAGUGUGUGUGCUAGCUGAUGAAGUGUAUCAUGGAAUGACAUAUGGGAAACCUCAUUAUCCAAUGGGAUCUUUGACUGAUGAAGUUCCUGUUAUAACAAUUGGAGCAUUAAGCAAAAUCUUUUUAGUUCCAGGAUGGAGGUGUGGAUGGAUUAUUGUUUAUGAUAAAUAUAAGAAAUGCACAGAUAUAAAGGAAGGAAUUUUUAAAAUAAAAAAUCUCCUGCUGCAUGGAGUUCCAUUCAUUGCUAAUGCAAUACCUAGACUUUUUGCUGAAAUGCCUGAAAAUUAUAUGAGUGAACUAAUGCAAAAAGUUAAAGACAGAGCUGAAUUUGUAUAUGAGAAAGUUCAGGAAAUUCCAGGAUUAGCAAUGCAAAUGCCUGAAGGAUCACUCUAUUGUAUGAUUUCAAUUGAAACUGAGAAAUUCGAAGAUAUCAGAAAUUCAGUCGAUUUCACUGAAAAGCUUGCUCGGGAACAAGGAAUUCUGGUGCUUCCCGCUGAAGCUUUAAUGAGUGAAAAAUCCUUCAGGAUUGUGCUAUGCUCACAGUUAUCAAUUCUUGAAGAUGCAAUGGGUAGAAUUAAAGAAUUCGUAAGUUUUCAUCUAAAAUCUAAUUAA